AUGGAUCCAACUCAGGCCACCAGAAGUUCGCAGCCGGCGGUGUACGACGCGGUUCUGUUGGCAGAAUUGACGCAAAAAUUAGGAAGCGUCGAGAAGGCAAAAGAAGUUUACGCUCUGUUCUCCACCAGUCUGAUGGCGUCCGCGGCGGCCGUACCAUCACCGACGAUCCCAGCGGAUUCGGCGGCGCAACCUGCAGUUCCCCAAGAAGAAAGGCCUCAAGAUUCAACCAGGGUACCGGACUCUGGAUCUCAACAAGCGGAAACCGCUUCACUGGAGGCGGAUAAAGAAGAGGCGACGAAUGAACUGCCGGCUGAUGGUGGGCAGAACGACGGCGAAACGGAGGUGGAGACCGAAAGACAAGUUGUUGAGGGGGAAACCCCUGUUCGAGAAGAGAUUGUGGAGGGGGAAACCCCUGUUUUGGUAGAAGUUGUUGAGGGGGAAACCCCUGUUCGAGAGUUGAUGGAUGAGGGGGAAACCCCUAUGGAGGCUGGGGAUGAAACCCCAAAGGAUUUUAGGGGUGCGACCCCUGAACCCAUGGAGGAGGAGGUGACCCCAAGUGAUGUCAGGGGGGAAACCCCUGUUUAUAUUGAGGGGGCGACCCCGAUGGUGGAUGAUGUGGGGGAAACCCCGGGAAAACUUGUGGAAGAGACAGAUCUAUACACUACUGGAGUACCGGAGCCCGUUGAGGAAGGGCUAAAUCUGAUUGUGGACCUGGUGGACGACCAGGAAGAAGAGGCACCCCGGGUGGACGAAAGAGCAGAGAGGAGAAGGGCCAGGCGGAGUCAGCUUGACGAAGUAGAAGACUUGGUCUAUUCCGAGAAGGAGGAGUUCUCCUGCCCGAGGGACGGAAGCGGAAGUAGCAGAGGAGAGUCGCCUGGUCAAGGAAAGGGCGAGAAAAGGAAAAGCAGCUGCGACCGGGUCAACACGGUCGAGGAAAGCUCCCUCCGUCAAGGAGGUUGA